UGCUCAACAUCUCCUUUGUCAAUACAAUGAGGAAGGUGAGCAGCAGCCCAGAUGGUUGUGAUUGAAGGAGUUUGAACCAUAGACUGUAUAAAAUAGGGCUGAACUCGACAACGUCGGAGGUCUACCUAACUAGAGAGCGCCCGGCGGUUUGAAGCGAGUAGGUAUCCAGGAAGUCAGCAGACAGCAUUUUGAUGGAGAGCGGGGAUGACAGUGGCCUCCGGUCUCGCUGCCAAGCCAUUCCUAAACUGCCCACCUUCCCUGACUUGGAUAACUCUUUGGAUGAGGAGCGUAAUCAACAGCAACACCAGCAAGGCAAUGGAGGCAACCACGUUUCCAGCAAUGGAAAAAUUGAAGUGGAACAUGUGAUCAGCAAAAAGCUACAACUGAAAAGGAAAGCAGAGUACCUGAAGAGUGACCUGAUGCAUCAGUUUGACAGUCAGGUUAAUGACUUCAUGGACAGUCUCAUCGAGGAGUCGGCCAGCCUGGAGUCUGCACCUGUCCCUGCUGUCUUCUCGCCUCUGCUGUCAGACAAGGAGAGAAGUAAACUUGGGUCUUUCCGUCCUCCUCAUGGCCAGGGCAAGCUGUUUGUCAGCCGCAGGUCCCUCUUAGAUGAGCUGUUUGAGGUGAACCACAUCAGGACUAUCUACCACAUGUUUAUUGCCCUGCUCAUUCUCUUUAUCCUCAGUACACUGGUGGUAGAUAUCAUUGAUGAAGGCAGACUGGUGCUGCACUUUGACCUGCUGGUCUAUGCAUUUGGACAGUUCCCUCUGGUGGUGUGCACAUGGAUCUGCAUGUUCCUGUCUGUGUUGCUGGUUCCCUACACCCUGUUCCAUUUGUGGUCACAGACCCAGUCUGGGUCUUGGAGUCACCCUAGGUUGUGCAGUUUGCUGUUUGGCUCUGCAUUCCUGCUCUACCAAGCUCUGGGUGUGGGAUUCCUGCCUACAUAUGUGGUGGUGACCAACAGUUUUCCACCUGCAUCCUGUUUCAUCAUCAUCCUGGAACAGGUGCGUCUAAUUAUGAAAGCCCACUCCUUUGUCAGGGAGAAUGUACCAAGAGUCCUAACCUGGGCUAAAGAAAAGACCAGUCCCCGCCCAGUGGUCCCUCAGGUCUCUCAGUAUAUCUACUUUCUGUUUGCACCAACACUCAUCUACAGAGACAAGUACCCCAGGAACCCAGUGAUCAGAUGGGGCUAUGUGGCCACAAAGUUACUUCAGGUACUAGGCUGUCUGUUUUAUGCCUAUUACGUGUUUGUGCGGCUGUGCAUCCCUCAGUUCCGCAGCAUCAGUCUGCAGCUGUUUGACCUGAGGGCCAUGGUCCUCUGCAUCUUUAACUCCAUCUUGCCAGGAGUGUUGAUCCUCUUCCUGGGAUUCUUUGCCUUCCUUCACUGUUGGCUAAAUGCUUUUGCUGAGAUGCUCCGCUUUGCUGACAGGAUGUUUUACAAGGAUUGGUGGAACUCAACCUCUUUUGCUAAUUACUAUCGCACUUGGAACGUAGUGGUCCAUGACUGGCUGUACUACUAUGUGUACCGAGAUCUCCUGUUGAUGUCUCAGAGGCGUUUCAGACCAGUAGCCAUGCUGUUUGUGUUUACAGUGUCUGCAGUGGUCCAUGAGUACAUUCUUGCAAUCUGCUUUGGUUUCUUCUAUCCCGUGCUCUUCUGCCUCUUUAUGUGCUUUGGAAUGAUGUUCAAUUUCAUUCUGCAUGACCAAAGGAAAGGACCCAUCUGGAACAUAAUCAUGUGGACAUCCCUCUUCCUGGGUCAGGGAGUCAUUAUCUGUCUGUACUCCCAGGAGUGGUAUGCCCAGUGCUACUGCCCCCUGAAGGAGCCUUCAUUCCUUGAGUUACUGAAGCCUCGGUCCUGGAGCUGUCAGAGAGGCCUAAUGGCAGACUCUGAUAUGCUGUGAUCUACGUUUGGACUACUGCAGAGGAUCAAUAUAAAUUUAACCAGCCUUUCUUUUACUGUCAUAACUUCUGGUCUUUCGGUUUGUUUUAUAUUAUUGCACUAAGGUCAUGAGUCAUGACUGAGUCUGUGUAUGAAUGUAUGGAAGAGAUCCAAUUAUUAUCUGCCAAAAUGUUCUUUACUUUAACAGCAAUGUCACAGUGAUGCCUUACUUAAAAAAGACAGACCCAACAAAAUUACAAGUUCACAUAAAAUCGCAUGUGAAAUCUUUUAUUUUUAUGUAAUAUUUUUUUUUUACUUAUUACUUUUGCCUUGAUCAACUGUGAAACCACUCCCUGUGCCAAUAUGAUAGUGGCAAACAUUAAAUAUGGCUGUGGAAUACAAACAAAUACUCUAUACAUAACAUAUCACGUUUGCAAUUACUACUCUAUUAUAGAUAACAUUUAAUAUGUUUGGAAAGCCUUUCAAUGUGAUUUAUUUUCACUGCCAAUAAGAUGUAUUUUGAAAAAUGGCCACUGUUUGGUGUUUUGUAUAAAUCUAGGAGGAGCUGUGGCUGCUGUAUUAUAGUUCUAUUGUAGUUUGAGAGUAAUGUGAAGGUGAAAUCACUACAGAAUAACUUACAACUGUAAAUGUUGCAGCUGGCUGCUAGAAUUAUGUAACAUUGAAAUAGUGAUGAUACUUAAUUAGCAAUAAGGGCUACAGAUUGCUUUGGCAGAUACUGACAUGAAACAUUGUACAUAAAAUUACUUUUUUUUUUUUUUUAAAUGUCAAACUAACAGAAGAUGGAAUGUAUGUAUAUGCUCAGUGUGCUUUUAGUUCCUGUGGUCUUGAAACAAUUUAUUUACACAUUUGUAUUAUUUUGAGGUAAUCACAAAGUUAAUGCACAGUUAAUGUUGCCAAUUCUGACAUUUCAAUGCAGGGAUACUGUAUUUACAGUUGUGAAUAGUGAGAUGCACAAUAUGAAGUAAAAACCAGCAAUGACAAACGGGGCACUUCCAAAAACAGUAUGACCACAAGGUGGCACUGUAUUAAAAGCUUUUACUUUUGAUUCGUCCUCUGCUCUAUUUGGCUGUGAAUUGUGGUCAGGAGUAAGAGAGACUUUCCCAGUGUCCCUUAUAUUAACAAACACAAUUACCAGCAACUUGUUUUUGUAAAAUAUGUACAGAUAAUAGCAGAAAUAUUGGAAUGCCUUGUGGUACUUUCUAUUAAGUAACUCUUGAGAACUCCACAUUUGGCUAAAGCCUUGGUCUUGCUUUAUGCCUUUGAGAUUUUGUUAACAAGGAUAAUGUAGUCAAAAGACCCAACCUGCAGAAAUGCUGUUUAUUGAAAUAAGAUAUUUAUAUUUUGGAGCAGAGCUUUUGUGUUCAUUAUGGUCUCUUUUUUUUUUUUCUCUGGCCUUGAAUAGCUAAUUUUGUCAGGUGACAAUUUAAUGACUCAGUAUGUUGUUCUGUCUACUGAUGUAGAAAUGAUGUAGUCUGGUACAUUCUUUAAAGACACAUCAAAGUACAAGAACUAUUCAGAAAGAAAUGAAGUAUGUUCCCUCUUUUAUGAAUGUGUUGUAUCAUAAAUGUCUAAUGUAAUGGUCAAUGUGCCAAUUAAAUAGUAUUGAACUGUC